CAAUGCAGUGGUUUACAAAGGACAACUCUGGAUUCCGGUACCUCCGAAAUGUGGCAAGAAACAACAAACUAUACCUGCGUUGCAUUCAUCACCCCAACUGUGGAGGAAGAGCCGUAUUGUCGGAGACAACUGGUGUCAUCAGAGCAACGCAAGGUCACAACCAUGAAUCAUCCGACUAUGCUGCAACAGAUCUGAGGAACACUCUCAAGAUGAAGGCUGCUGAGGAUGUGGGCUCUACCAGCAACUCCGAGAUCUUCAGGCGGGUAACAAGACAUCACCAACAUGGAGCCAGAUGUGUCUUUCUCAUCUGUAGAGCGAAGCAUGCUUCGAGCCAAGCGCCGAAUUCAACCGAGGCAACCACACACUGCAGAGGAGUGCGCCAACAUUCUAGAAAGCUUAGAGGCCCAGGCCUUUAACGUAAACUUCAGAUCUGUCGUCACAGAUCAGGGAAGUGGUCAUUUGGCAAUUAUUUUUUAUUCUCUAACCCUGGUACCACUGAUGACCACAAUUAAGGAAUGGAAUUUUGAUGGUACUUUUUUACACUGUGCCUGCACUCUUCUACCAGCUCUUCACAUUACUUGGAUUUUUACAAAGGUCAUUCAUUCCCACUCAUCUUCACCUUGAUGACAUCAAAGUCUAAAAAGUUGUAUGAUAUCACAAUGCAAAGAGUGAAGGAACUCAAUCCCCAACCUGAAUCCUGAACAAGCAAUGGGUGAUUUUGAAAGCAGUUCUGGUAAAGCAAUUCGCUCUUGCUGGCCACAGGUUCAGAUUGGGGGCUGUCAGUUCCACUUUUCACAAAA